AUGUUCGCGGCAAUUGUUGCACGUCUUCACGUUUGCAAGGAAUUGUCCAAUGGUUCCGGUUUCUCCAACAUCGUCAUGGCUAUCAAGUCCAACCCACACGGAAUCUUCAUAAAGGGAGCCGGCAGCCAGCGAAUUUAUAAGUACCUCAACCGCCGACGCGUGAACCGGUGGCACGUCCCAAAUGGUUUCGCUGCGCCGCCAGCGAAAAUAACACGCGGGCACAUAAGAACCCACGUCGUGGACAUGAAUCACGUCUACCUCAGGAUCUGGCACCUCACCGAGCGGCAGCGGGUCCGCGCCCGUAGCAACCUCGGCGGAAGCCUGAUAGGUGUGCCGCUGUUCAACUGGACGCAGCAGGUCCGGCGCGCCCAGGGUGCCGCCGGUGUACCAGGAACGUUGACGGCCGCCGAGAUAGCGGAGAUCAUGGGCUCGAAUAUUGCUGCCUGA